GUUGACGACCUGAAAUUAGAUGAGUUAGCAGAGCAGGACGAGGAGGACAACGACUUCAGACUCCGCACGCUGCGCGAACAACAAAGCAGCACCGUACUAAACCCCUCGGCAGCCACGGACUUGGAAAUCGAGAAAGUGAUCGACCAUAUGCAGUGCAAAAACUACCCUGCAGGUGCAGCCCCCAAGCUGGUUGUUGAGUUUUUAAUUUGCAGCUUUUUGAGUUGUAGUUGCGAAAAAGAGCAGCUUCGCUGCUUUAUUUAAUCUAUGCAACUACAUGGGUCGACUAACUUAUUUUUGCAAGAUCAAACUGGCCGAGAUUUUUACACGCUGCAUUGGCCUUUUUUUACCUACGCCGACCUGCGUUCUUGAAGAAGUUGCGUUUCGAAUUUUCUUGCAAAAACAGAUCGCAGCGUCAAGCAUCAUGUGCGUGACAAAAUGGGGGCGGGGGCAACGGGUUUGCACUGCAUAGCGUUCUACGUUGGAUUGAAACAAAUCGGUCGGGCCGGCGGUGGAGAGUUCUUCGACCAGCUGCAGGCAAGGACACGUGAAGUUUUGGGUUGUGUGGAAGACGGCAAUGUGGACAAUUCUAGCGGCCUGAGCAGUUCAUCCUCGUCCUCCCAACUACAGGCCGCGAGCCCUUUCACGACCAGCCCCGCCGACCUGCGACGGAAGAGGCACGAGGUGGCCAAACGGGUCUAUCGGAUUUGCAUGCGGG